AACGUGUUUGUGACAUCCACAACUAUUAAAAAACUGGAAUGAUGACAUCCUUGUCCUUGAGGUCGGAAUAAUUCCCUUUAUAAAGACCGAAAAUUCAAAAUUUCUUCAUCAUUUCGGUUUUGUAGCUGCUUCAAGCACAUCAAAAUGAAGAUCUUUGUGUGCUUUGUCCUGGUUGCCACCAUCGCACUAUGUGCUGCAGAAAAUAAAGACAAAACUGAAAAAUCUGCCAAGAAAGAAGACAAACCAAAAAGGCACAUCUUCGGUACCGGGUACAACAAUUACGACUUUUCGGGCUUUGACACCGUUGGAUCGUUGGGUGGUGUGACUUACGGAUCCGGUCUUGGGUCUGUCUACAGUACUGGCUCCGGUUACGGAUCCGGUCUUGCCUCUGUCUACAGUCACGGCUCCGGUUAUGGUUCCGGUCUUGGGUCAGCCUACAGCUAUGGAUCGGGUUAUGGAUCUGGUUAUGGAUCUGGUUACGGAUCUGGUUAUGGAUAUGGAUCCGGUUAUGGAUACGGUACUGGAUAUGGAUCAGGUUUAGCAGCUGGUGUUGUCACCACCAGAGCGUCAACUGGACUCCGUGCUGGAAGUGGUUACGCUGCCAUCGAAGGUUUACCCAAAGUUUCCAACGUAAGGUCCCACGAAAUCCACACUGUUACCCAACACGUGCCAGUGGCAGUACCCCAACCCUACCCCGUCCACAUCACCAAGACAGUACCAGUGCCCAAACCCUACCCCGUUGCAGUUGAGAAACCAGUUCCAGUUCCAUACAAAGUCAACGUUCCUGUUGAAGUACCCAAACCCUACCCCGUCAAAGUACCCCAACCCGUGGCUGUGCCCUACGAAGUCAAAGUACCAGUAGAAGUACCCAAACCAUACCCCGUCCACAUCACCAAAACCGUCAACGUUCCCGUUGAAAAACCCGUCUAUGUUAAAGUAGCUCACCCAGUUCCCGUUAAAGUUAGGGAACCAGUUCCAGUAGCUGUACCCCACCCCGUUCCCGUUAAAGUACCCACCCCUGUGGUAGUCAAAGUACCUGAAGUCGUUGGUGUCAACACCGUAACUCACGUCGAUUCCGGCGCUGGUCACAUCAUCGGAAACGACUUUGGAAGUGAAAUUGUCCAUGGAGCUGGUUAUGGAUAUGGAGCUGGUUAUGGGUACGGAUCCGGAUAUGGAACUGGUGCCGAAAUCAUCAGCGGAUCAGGAUUCGGAAGCGGUGCCGUUUUGAGCACUGGAUCAGCAGGAUUCGGAACCGGCGCGGUUUUGAGCACUGGAUCAGCAGGAUUCGGAACCGGCGCGGUUUUGAGCUCAGGAUAUGAAACUUCCGGAUUGGCCGGUGAAGCUAUCAGCUCAGGACUUUCCUCUGGAGCCGAAAUUAUUGCUGCGAAAUCCGCUCAUAUCGUGUCCGGAAGCAACCACGGACUUGUUGGAUCGUAUGUACCAAGUGUCUACGGAGGAAUUUCAGGCCAUACCGUUCAUAACACCCAUUGGAAACAUUUGUAAAUUGUAACUAGUCUUGAUGCAAUGUGAAAAAUAUGUAAAACUAUCUACGAAGCAAUAAAGUGAUGCUAUAAUA